AUGGAUCUCCAAGGCACCCCCAUCCCUCCCGGCCCUCGCAGCACUAAGGUCACCACCGACCCUGAGGCUUACCAACAACCUAUCGAUGAGCCCUCUGGCCCCGUCGCAAAUGACUCUCUCGCCGCUGAGUCCGUCCGUCAAGGCGGUGCUUUUUCUCAAAACCGUGGCGCCGAGCCCCUCGGCGUCUCUGGAUCUAAGUCUACUCUAAACAACACCGACACCUCUGCCGCCACCACCCUCCCCUCGGCCCCCGGCGGUGUUCGCGAGGACCUUGGCCGACAGGAGAAGUACCCCGAUGCUCUCGGUGGCCAGGGCGACUUCCCUGGUGCCCACCUCCCCGAAAGCGGCUACACUGGAGGUCCAAGUGCUGCCAAGCAGGAUCUUGGUAUCACUGGCGGCCGGAACUCCGGCCAGACCUCUGCCAGCGGCAGCAACCAGUACAGCUCCGACAACCGUGGUGUGCAAGAAGGCGGCUUCUCGGGCGACUACCAGAAUGCCAGCUUCACUUCUGAGAUUGGUUCCGAGCAGGAUCCUGGUCGUGCCGCGGAGCAGAAGUUCCAGCGCACCAACUUCGAGAGUGGCCCUGAUGUCGGAGGACCCCGACAGAAGGGUGUUGAUAACCAGAACCCUUAUGGCAACCUGGCUGACCAGCGUGCUUAA